GAGAAUCAGCCAUGCAUAUUGUUUCAGUUGUGACUUUGCUCCUGGGCAGCAUUUUUGCCUACUCGAUGGCAGCUCCUCAAUUCGGAGGAUCGUAUUCUGCUCCUAGUUCUGGUUAUUACACCUUGACUGCAGCUCUGGCCAAUUUGGCGAAGGAACUUGCAGCACAGAGAAAUACAACAGUGACAGUGGGAAAUAGCUCUACAAUUGUUUCGGGUAUCUCCAGCUCCAUUGCCAAUGCUCAUAUCGAUGGCAAUCGCAAUCCUGAACAUGGACAUCAUCAUCAUCAUAUUGGCUGGAACAAUGGCUAUUACAAUAAUGUUGGGGGAUACUGGCGUGGUGCUGCUGAGGAAGAGGGAGAUUACAAAUCGGAUGGCGAUGAUUAUCAGAACGGUGAAUAUCCGGAAGGUUACGACAUUGACUCCAAAGAUGAAGAGCAGGAGAAGUUCUAGCUGAAAAACUGACUAAAAAUAGCUAACUCAAUUUCCUGAAUUUCAUUCACUUGAAAUUUAAAACUUUUUAAAAAUGUUACAACUAGUUGGAGUAAUACAAUAUUAAAUAAAUAUGUCUGUCAA